AUGCCGGACGGCAUGGAUCCUAACAAGAAGAGUGAGCCGACGUCACCGGCAAAGUCUGGAAAGAAUGGUGGGUUGUGCAUGUGGGUUCAUUUGUAAUUCCAACAGAAAUAACAUUGAAAUGAUCACGAGAAUUCUAAUUAAAAGCGAUGAGGAGAUAAGGGAGUGGAAAAUUGGUUUUCAAUGAGCUUAGAGAGAAUGGAAAUAAAUAGAACACCGGAAGAUUUAAAUGAAAUUAAGGAGUUCUUUCACAGUCUCUUACAUCUACAUCCCCAUCAACGGUCUUAAAGGACCAGGGAACCCAAAAAUUUUUUGAUUUUUUUGUGAAAUUUUUUUGUGACUGUUUGAAUUGUCUCUUAUUGCCUCAUACACUCGUGAAAUGCUGUCCCUCAAAAAUGCCAAUGAACGAAACGGCAUGCAGUUGAAGUUGUGGCCGUGGCCUAGCGCCAAUGGCCGAAAAAUAUAUAAAAAUAUAUGCGCUUCUCGGCCAUUUUAUUUUUUCCGCUUUUUUACCGGUUUUUUCCAAAAAUUCACGGUUUCUCCCAUUUUUCAGUUGAUUGACAUUUGUUCGGCACUUACUUAUUUUUUCACUGCUAAAAGAUUGUUUUCAUUCAGUCGAUAUGAAGUGCCAAAAUGGGAGAAACCGUGAAUUUUUGGAAAAAAACCUGUAAAAAAGCGAAAAAAAUAAAAUGGCCGAGAAGCGCAUAUAUUUUUAUAUAUUUUUCGGCCAUUGGCGCUAGGCCACGGCCACAACUUCAACUGCAUGCCGUUUCGUUCAUUGGCAUUUUUGAGAGGCAGCAUUUCACCAGUGUAUGAGGCAAUAAGAGACAAUUCAAACAGUCACAAAAAAUUUCACAAAAAAAUCAAAAAAAUUUUGGGUUCCCUGGUCCUUUAAGAAUUCUUGAGCAAGAAUCAGCAAAUUGCCGACAUAUUGUCGCCACGAAGCGUUUGAUUUCGUGAUUAAACCAGCUUAUUACACGUAAUGUGAGUAUUAGAAGGUGUUAAGACCAAGAAUAGCAGAAAUGUGUCACGCUGCAAGACGAUUAGAAAUACCGCAAAGGGUAGAGUGGAGACAUUGAUGCACGUGGUUCAUACUUUGUCUCUGUGAACUUGCACUCUCCUCGUUUAGUUGGAUUUUGAUUCCUGUUUCUUUUCAUUCAGUACAUUUUACGACAAUUGUUCGUUUGAUAUUCUCCUAGAGAAUUAAAAUGCAAAACUUUUUGUUGCGAAUAGAUAAUAGGUGCUCAUCAAAAUGGCCGAUAAGCGUACUUCUGCUGCUGUCCUCUCAAUAAUAGAAAAUGGAGGAAAAAGUCGUUAUUAGCCGAGAAGGCUGCCAAAAACGCUUAUCUAUAAUUGCAACUCGAAACUCUGCUUUUUUACACAUUUUUGGCCUAAAAUGCCUUGUUUAACUACAGUUUCGCAUCAAACUCUUCUAAAUAAUCAGUUGAUUUUGACGAUUUUUGGCGAUUCAAUAAGCAAACAAAUAUUCCGUUUAAACUUCGACGAAAUUGAGUUUUUGGUUUGACUUCAAUGACCACGAUUGUUUUUUGGGGUAUUUAUACCCGUCACGUUCUUCUCAAGUCAUGUUAUUUUGACGAGAACGAACAAGUUUUUUUGCUGUUCUAAAAAUGUUUUCCGAGAAAUCAAAGAUCUUGUUCAUCGCUGCUUGUCAGGUAAUUCUGUGCCGAGUGGCAGAAUACUUCAGUGUGAAAAUCAGUUGAUUUCAACGCCAAAGCGGAUUAGUGUUUUAAGAAUGUGUACCGAAGGCGAUACAAAACGGCGUGCUGAACACAUUCUCUUCUCUCCAUCUAUACUUCUCUUACCAUUUAUCGGCUUCUCGGCACCUUCCCCCAAUUUCCUCGUCCAGCAAUUGCAUACUUAUCAACAAGUCAUCAGCUGAUGCAUUCGCAAAAAAGAUUCAUUGAUUGUUAGUUUACAACUUGGCAGAGGGACCCCUCUGCCCAGUUCGCUCCCCGAAAACAAAAUGUUUGCGCCGUCUAGACUGGCGGAUACCUCUUUUAUUCGCACCUCUUUUCCACUGACCGUUCUUAUCAUUCUUUGCACUUUCCAGGCCUAGGACCACCGCGCCAUAAACACACUUUUUUAUCAGCGCAUGAAUUUGGAGUUGUAAAACUGUGUAGGCAAGGAAAGGCUGAUUCUCACUUCAAAUUACUGAUAAUCAUUUUGGUUUCGAUCACUCACACCUUUGACAGUAAGACAGUUGACAAGGUCAUUUCAUUCGGAAAUUUCACGUUUCAAAUAGUGUGCAGACGGCGCAUCAGAAUUACAUCCAUCUCACCCAAUCAUUAUCUUGAGGAGCGAGAAAUUAACCCGAUAGUGGCCAAAUCCAUUCAUGUUCAAUGUCAUUCAUUUUUUAGGUUUCGUGUCGCCACCUCCUCCGUCCUCCAUUCCCCGCGAGGAAGGCGGAGGCCGAUAGGUGACGACGUGAAAUAGUCUUUCCUUGCAACAGAUAUAUCUUUUUGAUAGCAGCAUACCUGCAUGAUGAAUAGCCUUCUUCAAACCGUCUCAAUCUUUAAGUCAAUUCUUUAGGAGAAUCGAACUUCGAGGAGGACGACCACGACAACGGCUCGUUGAACGACGGUCAACUCACUAACUUCUCUUCGCAGUUCUCGAUCAACAAUAUGGGAGCGCAACAAGGUGAGAAUCUUUUGUCAGAAACUAGAACAUUAUCAGUGAGAUGAUAGACUAAGUAUCACAAUUAGAAAGGACAUGAGAUCAACCUAGUUCGAUGACGUUAACAGUUCAUGGAUCAAUUGUUUUUAAUUUUCAGUUGAGCUGGUGCCUCACGCUCCGGAUGGAGGAUACGGAUGGGUCAUCGUGUUUGCCGCGUUCAUGUCUAACUUCGUGGUGGACGGUAUCUCCACAGCUUUCUCGGAAUUCAAGCAGUCGUACAAGGAUUACUACAGAGUUUGUCAAACAGAUGAAGUGAUCCAUCCAACCUGAAUUUUCAGUCAGCCGAUGCGGUCACAGCUCUCAUCGGCUCGCUCAUCAUCGGAAGUUACCUGCUAGUCGGACCAAUAGUUGGAGGACUCUGCAACAAGUAUGAACCCAGAUAUGUGGUCAUUCUCGGAUCCCUUAUCUCCGGAGUCGCGUUCCUUGUCGCUCCCGCCGCUCCGAACAUCUACAUCUUCAUGCUCAUCUACGGAGUUCUUGGAGGCAUAGGCUUCGGAAUGAUCUACCUCCCAGCCAUUGUUGUUGUUGGAUUCUAUUUCGAAUCAAAGAGAGCCAUGGCCACCGGAAUCUCCGUGGCGGGAUCUGGAGUAGGAACCUUCGUCAUGCCUAUCAUCUGCCAAUACUGCAUUGCCAGUAAGAUUUUUCAGGGUAAUAGUUUCUGAUCUAACCAUUUGUUCAGCGAUCGGAUGGCAAAAAACUCUGUGGAUUCUGGCCGCUUUCAACUUCCUCUGCGUCACUUUCGGUUUUCUGUACCGCCCACUUCCAAUGAUCGACGUCAACGAGCUCCGUGACCAAGAAAUGGAACCCCUCAGACAAGCCCUUUCCAAAAUGUCCGACGGAGAAGACCACGAGGAAGUGGAGAGUCCACAUGCGAACCGUUCGCAGUCUGGCGCCAGUGCCCAUCAGGAAGGUAUGUGCAAGUAUUUCGAGCACUAGUUUGCAAAAUGAUAAGAGAAACGAUAAAUGUCUGCCAUUAGAAAUGUUACGAACGCAAAUUGAAUGGCACUAGAGUAUUUUUAGUGCACAUUACGAACAAUUUUAUAGUGGCGUGGGCUUGACGUGAUUUUUGCCGGCAAAAAGCAAACUUCAGUUUUGUACGUUUUACAGAAGACCUUUCCCAAGACCCAGCCGUGCAGAGACUCCGUAGUGUCCUCAACGAAAUUGAUGAUGGAUCUGAGACCCCGAAGUCGAAUGCUGUCAAGGAACGUAGUCACACCGCCACUCGCUCCCGCAAGCACACCAUGACCAGCAACUCGGGAUCUCAGCAUGACCUCAAGUCGUCCCGUGGAAACUUGGCCGAGAAUCGUCUCAGCCGCGUUUCUGCCAGAUCCUAUGCUCAGUCUCUCAGCAAACUGAGCAAGUCCGGAGGAGCUUCCAAUCUCAGCAUUGCCAUGAGCGUAGGUGUUCAUUCUAUGAACAUUGGCUUCUAUCUCAAUUUCAGGGAGUCGACCCACAAGAGUUUGCGCGUCCGCUUAACCGUCAAGACAUCUUCUACGGAGGUUCAAUCUCGAAUUUGAAGGAAUUCAAACAAGAGGGUGGAAAUAUGGCCAACUUCCGUGCUUCUACUCUCUCCAUCCCGAAAUCCGUCGUUGGACAGGCUGCCUCGCACAUGAACCUUAGCCGCGCUGGAAGCCACUUCUUGGCCCCAGCGAUUGCUGAAGACGAGGAAGAGAUCGAGCCUUUUGUCGAUGACGGGUAUGUCAUGAUAUCCAAGGAAUUAGGUGGCGCGACUGUCGUGUCUGGCCUCCCGUCGCGUUUUUUUCGGAUUGAUAAGCGUGUUUCGGCGUGUGGAAAUUCAUCAAUUUAGCGUCACAUUCGUGAUAAGAUAUCAAGCGAAUAGAGGACAAAGCACAGAUUACUGCCUCAAAACGGAAGUUUAAGUCGGUGUUCAUUACAGAUGCUGCAAAGUCGUGCCACUCUCCAUUCGAAAUGCUUUCUCGGAAAUGAUCGAUCUGGAACUUUUGAAAGACCCGGUCAUGCUCAUUCUGUGCCUGUCCAAUCUGCUCGGAAUGAUGGGAUUCUACAUUCCGUUCAUGUUCCUCAAGGAUCUCUCCAACUCGAUGGAACUCGACCCGUCUCAGGCCAAGUACCUCGUCCCAAUCAUCGGAGUUACCAACACAGUUGGUCAGUCACUACACAAUUGAGAACCAAUCACACAGUCUGGUGUUUCAGGCAGGGUCUUCUUCGGAUGGGUGGCUGACAAGAAGUACCUUUCUGCUCUCACCAUCAACAAUCUCUCGCUCGUCAUCUGCGGAGUCUUGACCCUCGGAUGCCCCCUUCUCCGCACCAUGGGAGGACAAUACUUCUACUCUUUCUUCUUUGGAUUCAUCAUUUGUAAGGAAGAAUCAAGAAUAGGAGUCAGAUCAACAUACAUUUUACAGCGGCUUACAUCUGCUUGACCUCGAUCGUGCUUGCUGACCUCAUGGGACUCGAGAAAUUGACCAACUCCUUCGGACUUCUUGUCGUGGCUAGAGGUAUUGCGUCUCUUGCUGGAUCCCCAUUUGCUGGUUGGUUACCGAGCAGUAUUUCCGUGCACAUAUUCAUUUUCCUUCAGGACUCGUGUACGACAUUACUGGAAGUUACGACGCCGCAUUCUACUUUGGAGGAUUCGUAAUUCUGAUUGCUGGACUCAUCUCUGCUACCAUUCCAUUUGUGCUGAAGCGUCGCGGAAAUAUUGACGGUUAGUUCGAGGGAGUCAGUGAUUCACGGGAAACCGUAUCCAUUAUAACCCUGAGAACUCUUUGUUCAAGACACGUUACAGAUGGAAUGUUCAAGUCGCAAGACCAAGAUAACAUGUCCGGAAAGUUGUCUGUUCUGACCGAACGGUCGGAAGAGGCAUUGACUGAUUAUCAGCGGACUAUUCAGUCGUUGAGACAACAGCAUCAGUUGCUGCAAGGUGACAGAGUCAUCGUGAAGUGAUCGUGCCUAGUCAUCUGUUGUGAUUGUUUUUUUCAAAAAAAUGCAUGAGUUCAGUUAAACUUUGAGAAAAUCUGAGCACCUAUUGUUAUGAUAACAACUGUGAAAACAAUAAGCGUUUCAACUUCCUCAGUUACAGUGAUUUUAAACUUGAACGACUGAAAAAGAGUGAAAACUUUCAGAUCUCGAAGAGGAGAAAAAGAAGCAGAAGCAGAACGGAGUUGUUGAGGAAGAGGAGGAGACUGAUGAGAACGUAAGAGUGCCGGAGUUUCAAACCAAGUAAACCUUAUUGCUUGCAGAUCCCGCUGAGAAACCUCAAGGACAGCCACUAG